AUGGCCGAAUCCACACCUCUCCUCUCUUCGGAGGGCGUGAAGGGCAAGGGUUUCUAUCUCGACUUCCCCAGUAUCCUGCGUGGUAAAAAGAUCCUCUUUGCUACAGAAUCAUGGGGCCCUGUGAACGGAGUGAGUCGCACGACGCGCAGUCUGGUCGAGUAUCUGCUUGACAACGGGAUGGAACUUAUUCUCGUCGCGCCCAACUUCAAAGGUCAACCCAAGCAGAAGACAUGGGAGCGCCGUCUGCCUGGAUGUGCACUGCCCUAUAAUCCGGAUCUCACAGUCGUCUAUCCGUUCCAUUUGAAUGAUCUCUUCAGCAAGUGUUUCCAGCCAGACAUCAUCUACCUCGCCAGCCCGGCCUCACUUGGUUUCCAAAUGCUGUUGCAAAUCCGCCAACUGCGGUCGCCUCCGCCGGUCGUACUUAACUUCCAGACAGAUCUGUCCGCCUAUGCGGAAAUCAUGUUGCCGGCACCGUUGGACAAAUUCGGCGUAUGGCUCCUAGCAUCAGUCCAGGGAUUUCUGUUCCGCACCCGCGCUGUACACACCAUCUUUUAUCCGUGCUCUGCGAUCCGCAAAUAUUUGGAACGUGCGCAUAUACCGGUCGAUCGACUCGUUCAGCUAGGUCGUGGUGUUGACACGCUUCUCUUCUCGCCGACACAGCGGGACGAGUUAUAUCGCCGUCAUAUUGCUCCUCAUGGCGAAAUCAUCUUGAUAUGCGUUUGCCGUAUCGCCCCAGAGAAAGGAUUUGAAUUCCUCGCGCAGGUCGCGAAACAGCUAGCCGCAGACAAGCUACCAUUCAAGCUGCUGAUUGUUGGCGGGAAUCGCAAUCUGGAUAUUGAGAAUAAAGUCCAGCGCCUGUUUGACGGUGUUCGAGACCACGUCGUCUUCACUGGGGUUCUCACUGGGACUGCAUUGUCUCGUGCAUAUGCGUCUGCCGAUUUGUUCCUUCAUUGUUCUAUAACGGAAACUUUUGGGUUGGUGGUCCUAGAGGCCAUGGCCAGUGGUGUUCCUGCCAUCGCGCGGGAUCAGGGCGGGCCCUCUGAUAUUAUCCGUCAUGGACAAACUGGUUAUCUGGUUCCGCCGCAUGAUCUUGAGGGUUUUGUUCAUUCAGUAAAGGAGAUUUCCCUCGACCCAAUACGGCGAGCAAACCUGGCGGUGGCGGCACGUCAGUACGCGGAUGAUACCACCUGGGAGAAGAUCAACUGCCAAGCAGCGUGGCAAAUGGCCGAGGCAUUGUCGUAUACCGAUCAGGAAUCGCAGGGUUCUCGGAGAAUUCCUCGACCCGGGCUAAUUGGAUGGGUCUUUGAGCAGCUUUGCCUACUGCUUGCUGUGGGGAUUAUCUAUUUCAUGUGGUUGAUAUCUGUGGUUCCACUAAUCGUUCAUGGAAAUCAUUUCCUUCCCAGAGCAGGACGAGCUGUUCAGGGUCAAUUCCAGGGCACUCGUCCAUUGCGCGGUUGA